AUGAAGAACAGGUUUCGUUUUAUAGAGCUUGGUUAUGCUAUAUAUUUCAGAAACAUGAAGGAACAAACAGAAUGGUGGAUCGCAAUGACGUUCCUUGUUGCACUAGUGACACAACAAAUAAGCAUAGCAAAUGCUAAGGAUACUACAUCUGGACAUGAAAAAUAUUCGAGAAGUGCAGGAAACGAAGGGAAACCGUCAGAUUUAGAAGGAUCCGAAACUAGCUAUGGUUUUCCCUAUACGAAUAAAUAUGGAAACUCGUAUAGCACAUUUCCUUAUCCUGCUGCUUCGUAUUCACCUCCUUAUUUAUCCACUGGACCGUACGUUGGUUUUGCACAAAACACGACGUUUAAUAUACAUCAAGAAAUCAGGUGUGGUGACACUUACCCACGUAGAUGUGGGAAAAAGAGGUAUCGAACUUUCGAUGGGUCCUGUAACAACCUGCACAACCCUACAUGGGGUAUGGCAAACACGAGAUACGGACGACUCCUGCCAGCAAAUUAUGCAGAUGGUAUACGAUUGCCCACGAUUUCCAAAACUGGAUCAGAGUUACCACUUUCUCGAUUGAUCAGCUACGUGUUAUUCCCCAACGUCGACAUCGAUGAUCGCAUGUGGACUCUGGCUGCGAUGCAGUGGGGUCAAAUUAUUACCCAUGACAUGGGUCUGAUCGACGGAAGCACCCAGUCAAAACCACACGCGACGCAAUGCUGCACCGACGACGGGCAAUUGCUAGACACGGACUUGUUACACGAUCAAUGUUACCCCAUAAUCAUACCGUACAACGAUCAUGCAUACAGCAAGGCCAAUAUAAGAUGUCUGAACUUCGUCCGUAGUACGACUGACCUUGACCGUGGCUGUACGCCACGGUACAAACCAGCAGAACAGCUGACUGUCGUAACACAUUUCUUGGAUCUCUCCCUGGUCUAUGGAUCCAGCGAUCAACUGGCAACUAGCUUGCGUGCAGGAGUCGGUGGCCGAUUGAACGUAGAUAUUAGACACAACAAACAAUGGCCACCUCCGGCAGUCAACAGGAGUCAAACCUGCGAUGUCACGGGCCCUACAGAAGUCUGUUAUCAAGCAGGUGACACUCGAGUCAACCAGAAUCCACAGCUGACUGUUUUACAGAUAAUACUACUUAGGGAACAUAAUCGUAUUGCUGACGCUUUAGCCCGAAUAAAUCCUCAUUGGGCGGAUGAAAUAAUCUUCCAAGAGGCGCGACGAAUUCUAAUUGCGGAACAUCAACACAUUUCUUAUUACGAAUGGUUGCCAAUAUUUCUGGGUAUUCAGGGUACAUAUGGCAACAAGAUUUUGUAUGACACCAAAGACUACGUUAAUGACUAUGAUCCAAACGUGAAUCCACAUGUUUUGAACGAACAUUCGAAUGCAGCUUUCAGAUACUUCCAUUCCCUCAUCGCUGGUUACCUCAACUUGGUCAACGAGCACCGUUUUUCGGGCUCUUCCUUGAGGCUCAGCGACCAUUUCAACAGACCAGCGGUCAUCGAGGAGCGCAACAAUAUGGACGACUUGACGAGAGGCAUGUCUUAUCAGCCAGAAAAGAACAGCGACCAGUUCUUCGAUCCAGAGAUCACGGAGUUCUUGUUCAGGAACAUGAGACCCUUGGGAUCAGAUCUUCGCGCCAUAGACAUCCAGAGGAACCGCGAUCACGGUCUUGCAUCGUACAACAGCUAUCGCGAAUAUUGCGGCUUGCCUAGGGCGAAGUACUUCGCCGAUUUUACAGAUUACAUUUCUCCCUCGAACGUGGAAAAACUGUCCCAAUUGUACUCUACUCCUGAAGACGUUGACCUAACUGUGGGAGGAUCAUUAGAGAUACAUGUUCCAGGAACACUCUCUGGCCCUACGUUCUUGUGUAUCCUAAUCAGGCAAUUUUAUCGAACAAGAGUAGGCGAUCGUUAUUGGUAUGAGAGAGGUGACCAUGAAUUAGCCUUCACUAUAGAACAAUUGAACGAGAUUCGAAAGGCCAGUAUAUCGAGACUUUUCUGCGAUAAUGGCGACCAUAUUACGACAAUGCAACCGAAAGGAUUCCAAAAAGUUUCUGCAAGUAAUCCUAUCACGAACUGCGACAACCUUCCGUCACUCGAUCUUUCCUACUGGAAAGAUUUCGCUCCUGUUCUGGAAAAGCAUCGGAAUGUACUAUACCCUCACUUUAAGAAAUAAAAUAAUCAGCCGUACCCACGGUAGAGCUAUUUUAUGACCAAAUACCAAUGUUUUAGACAUAAUUGCA